AUGCGUCUCCACCAUCUGCAAACCUUGUCCCCCACCAUCAUGCUCAUCUUGACCCUACUCAUCUCCCUCAGCUGCGCUGCACGUGUCACGAAUCCCUCGAAAGUUCCUAAGAACGCGGUCCUUCUCUCACAAAUCGCAAGUCUGACUCUUCGAUCGGGAAGGUCUACUACAUCACGCCGCGUUCCCCCAGCUCCCCAACUGCAAUGUACCGGACCUGCGAGCGUUUGCUCCCUCUAUAAGGUCGAUACUAUGCGAUGCAAGAAUGAGGGCGCAGACUACGAUGAGAACAAUAUUCAGUGGGCCUGCUCAGCGUCGUUGCCCGAAGAAUUCAAAUUAGGAAGCACGGACGUGACUUGCGAGGGCUACGAGAGUAGCGACGACCCAUAUGUUUUGAAAGGCAGCUGUGGUGUUGAGUACCGGCUUUUGCUUACGGAGAAGGGAGAGAUGAAAUACGGAAUUACGAAUGAAGAUGAUUUUUGGAGCUCCUUCCGAAUCAAGAGUAAAUGGGAGAAGCUGGGGACAUUCAUCUUCUGGCUGAUUUUUGGGGGUGUAGUAGGCGCAAUGAUUCUGUCCGCUUUUGGCUGUCUCGGUAGCGGACGGGGUGUAGUAGGAGCUAGAGGAAACAGACCUGGCUGGGGAGGUGGUGGCGGAGGUGGAGGUGGAGGUGGCUUCGACGACGAACCCCCACCACCUUACUCCGAUUAUCGACCAUCGCCGAAGCCGUCUACGAGAUCGUCAUCUUCCAGAUAUGGACAGACAGGUGGGAGUGGGCCGUGGAGACCCGGCUUCUGGACAGGAGCAGGUGCCGGCGCUGCAGCAGGAUAUGCCCUUGGUAACAGAGGUCGAAAUCCGAACGGUGGCGGCUUAUUUGGUGGUGGACCUACUGCUACAAAUACGGGAGGACUGUUUGGUGGGCGAAGGGAUAACGCAGGGGAAGGAAGCUCACGGUCAAGUUCAGGUCCUUCAUUCUCCUCUGCCCGACAUGAAAGCACGGGCUUUGGGUCUACCAGCCGCCGGUAA